AUGGCCGCAACGCCGCAUCAGAUCCAGCCACAAACACAGCCCCCACUGUCAUCACACAGCUCCGCCACGAGUGAGAAGCAGGAACCAUGUGACCCCGAGAAGGACCCCACGAGUGCUCCGAUGCCUGGUAGCGACAUUGAGAGCUUGCAGCGACGCGGCACCGACACCAGCAUAUUCAGCCGGUUCGCGCGUGCCAUGACAGGCCUCAGCGCAAAGAGCGAGGACGAAGAGAUUGGCCAAAGCCCCGAGGACAUUGAUUACCACCCGCCCGGCCUCCCUAGAUUAGGCGCCUUCAUCAACAGCGACGAGAACUUCUUGAUGUGCCGCCGGUAUGGCCUCCUGCACACGCGCGUCAUGCUGUAUCGGCAGGACGAGCUGCGCGAGCUCGAGGGCGAGCUGCUGGGCCUCGACGCCGAAGACCUGGAGGAGAAUCCGGACAUGCUGAGAUCGCGGGUUCGCGACGACAGAAGAGCCGGCCAGCAGCGACGCGAGCUGAUUCUCAAAAUCGACCGAAAGCUCAAAGAAUAUGACGACUGCGUCUUCCGGGCACGCGCCAUGGCGCAGCUGCCGGCGGUGACGGACCGCAACUACAAGAGCGUGUCGCAGUACGUGAAGAACAACGCGCCGGUGGUGUGGGCGGAACAGGACACCUUCACCGAGCGGCGGCAGGACUCGGUGGCGCUGGUGGACCCCAAGGAGGGCAGCUGGUUCGACGCCGCCAUCGAGGACUUGCUGACCGCCCUGCCCUUCCCGCUCACCCGCCUCGUCUUCUCCGACCCGGCCCAGCGCCGCAGCACCCGCGACGAAAAGGUCCACCUCUACUCCAAGAUGCGCAUCGACUACUUCGCGCGCAUCCUCAUCGCCCUGCUGGCCGUCGGCCUGCUGAUGGCCCCGGUCGUGGUACUCUUCUUCCACGACGACAGCGGAGGCCUGAAGAUUGCCGUCAUCCUCCUCUUCACCCUGUUCUUUGCCGGAGCCUUGUCCGUGUUUACCAAGGCAAAAAGACAUGAAGUCUUUGCUGCCACGGCUGCGUAA